GUUUUAACUUGGAACCAAAGUCUUGAGUUACAACCCAAGUGCAGGCCACACGUGCUUCCAGAUGGCCUCAGAUGCAGAUGUAACCCUUGAAGAGUUAUGGAAGGAAUGUCCAUUCCUGUGUGGAGUUGAGAAAUCUUUCUAAGGACACUGAGCUCUACCCGUAUAUAGAUAGGUGGGAGACACUGAAGGCUGUGAGGAGAAAACUGAGCCUUCAGAUGACCAACUUGAGUUACAACCAGCCCUCAGGAACGAAUUGAGUUCAUAAGUCAAGGGUCUACUGUACCUGGAAAGCAGGUUAAUUCCCCUGUGCCUCGGUUUCCCUGAUUGUAAAACAAGAAAGUACCCCAGUGGCACCUGUAUGCCACUGGGUGGCAGGUGGGUGCUCUGAGAGUCACUCCUGUUCCACGCAUCAGACAAUUACUGAGCCCCAACCGAGUGCCCGGCAACAGGCUCCACCACCAUGCCGGGACAUCUCAGCGCCCGAGGUUUCACACUGGACACCACGCCAGACAGCACGUGGCCACUGCCCCGGCAGAGACCCAAAUGGGAAGCAAUUCCAGCAAAGGCGGUCAGAGAAGGCUGCCCAGCACGGAGGAGACAUUCUCAGCCCUAGUGCGUAGGGAGAUGUGCCUUCUCCAAGCUGCCUCACUUGCCCACCCCAACCCAGUCUGCCCAGCAGGCCCCACUGUCAAGCCAAGACAGGGCUCCCUCACAGGCAGGCAUCACUACGUACCCCGCUUACUCCAUCCAGACCCCAAGGAGGGCGGGGAAGUAGCUGAGAUGAUGCGCAGUGAACCCUGAACCCGGCCUCCUCCCUGGGGAGCAGCUGGUCAAGACGCCUCCGGACACCCACCUUCUCUGAGGGGCCUCUGAUGGUGAACAGAGCUUCUAGAGCUAAUUCUCUCCUUUCUCUCCUUACACACACACACACACACACACACACUGGCUGAUUUUACAGUCAAUCUUUCAAAGUGCAAUUUGUCUAGGAAAAGCCAAUGUGAGGCCCAUGUGGGCUCCAACCAAUGACAGUGGGGCUCACCCGGCCCAGCCAGUCUCCGCUCUGUAUUCUAAUGGGCCAUAUCUUUAUCAGGGAAAUGUCCCUUCUCUGAACUUCAACUUCUCAUGGAGGGUCCCCGGACUCAGAGGCAGAGGCGCUGGCUGUGCUGAGUGUGGGCGGGCAGCACCCCAGCCAGGCCAGUGCAGGCUGGAGAGAGGAGUGCUGGGGAGGCCAGCCACCAGCCCGGGGCACCUGACCACGGAGCGCUGACGUGGGUGCCCAGCGACCGGAUGCUCUAGGUGCAGGGCACACAGAGGCUCGGGCGGCUUCUGACUCUCCCAACCUGCCAUGACACUCGGGGCCGGAGCCUGGGGUCUCGGACUUUAGGAAGGCCUGGAUUUGGGCUUCCUGCUUCCUGCUGCCUGGCCUGGAGAUAAUGGAGUCCAACCUGCAGGGGACCUUCCUGCUGAACAACACACCACUGGCCCAGUUCUCGGAGAUGAAGGCUCCCGUGUGCCAGUACUCCAUGCAGAACUCCUUCUACAAGCUCAGCCCCCCGGGGCUGGGCCCCCAGCUGGCUGCGGGGACCCCCCACGGGAUCACGGACAUUCUCAGCAGGCCCGUGGCCACACCGAACAGCAGCCUCCUCUCCAGCUACCCCCACGUGGCCGGCUUCAGUGGACUCGGCUCCCAGGGAGUCUACUAUGGCACCCAGGUGGGGAAUUUCCCCAAGGCUGGGAACGAGUACCCCACACGGACCCGGAACUGCUGGGCAGACACCGGCCAGGACUGGCGCAGCGGGCGGCAGUGCGGCGACACUCCUGACCCGCUGAGUGACAGCGUCCACAAGAAGAAGCACACUCGGCCCACCUUCACAGGGCACCAGAUCUUCGCCCUGGAGAAGACCUUUGAGCAGACCAAGUACCUGGCUGGCCCCGAGAGGGCGAGGCUGGCAUACUCGCUGGGCAUGACCGAGUCACAGGUCAAGGUGUGGUUCCAGAACCGCAGGACCAAGUGGCGCAAGAAGAGCGCCCUGGAGCCCUCCUCCUCCACGCCGCGGGCCUCGGGGGGUGCGGGCCCGGGCGGGGACCGCGCCCCCUCGGAGAACGAGGACGACGAGUACAACAAGCCCCUGGACCCCGACUCGGACGACGAGAAGAUCCGGCUACUGCUCCGCAAGCACCGCGCCGCCUUCUCGGUGCUCGGCCUGGGCGCGCACAGCUCGUGACGCUCGGUCCCGCCCUCCC